AUGACUAAUGGACAACCAAACCAUCUUAAUCAAGCUUCUAGCUCGAGUACAUCUACUAAAGCUGAAAAACGAAAAGGGUAUAACAAAAGAUAUUAUGCUGCACGCAAAGAAAAUAACAAAGUCCCGAAAUUUGGGAGUGGUGAGGUCUCCCAAAGUGCUUCAUCACUAUCUUUAAUGAGUAAUAGAUCAGCAGAAAGGACACCGUUAAGAAGUUUACAGACUAAUAUUACUCAAUUUACCCAAAUAACAAACGUGAACGCGUCAAGUAUUUCUACCGUGAGACGUAAGGAGUACAAUGGAAUGCAUAUUUCAAACGGUAGUCAAAUUACAUCAACCCCGACCAAUGAUGUUACGCCGACAACCACAUUCCCCAAUGUAGUUGAUGAAGUCACUACCAGAACAUCACGAGGUGUUCGAAUUCAACCACGUACACUUUUAUCUCAAUUUUCUGAAGUAGUUGAUCAACCUUCCUUCCAAAAUGAGAAUGUAGAAGAUGAUCCAUAUAACUUUGUUUACGAUCGUUUACCUAGAGAACAUCGUGUUUUAAAAGAACGUGGUGCAUGUCCUGAUUGUGGAGCAAAACGUUUUCAAUUUGAAUUUGAUACCUUUUGUUGUAUGAGUGGGAAAACUGUGUUAGCAAAUUCAGAAAUUCCAAAGGAAUUGCACCGACUUUUCACAUCGCAAGAUGAAAUUGGAAAUAUUUUUAGGCAAAACAUUCGUGCUUAUAACACGAAUUUUUCUUUUGCCUCAAUGGGAGUGACGUUGGAUGAUACAUUGAACAAUAUGAGAGACGGUGUAUAUACUUUUCAUGCACAUAGAGGAAUAUAUCACAAAAUCGACCAAUUAGUUCCGAGGGAUGGAACCCCUAGGUACCUGCAGUUGUAUUUUUAUGAUCCUGAUGCCGAGUUAGAUCUCAGACUCCAAUGGCCAAAUCUUGAUCGUCAUAUUACUCAGAUUUUGACACGCGUUCUUUCUACAAACCCAUAUGUCGAUACAUUUAGAAGACUUGCAGAACUAGGACCUCUGGACAACUAUAGAGUCACUUUGAAUGCUUUGGUUGAACUUGACCAAAGGGUGUACAACCGACCAAUGACAUCGGAGGUUGCUGGUAUUUGGGUAGAAGGUAAUGACAAUAUCACUUCGUAUAAACGAAGUAUUGUUGUGUAUGAGGCUAACACACGAAGUGGUAGAACAACCGUGGCUAUGCGAGAGUACUACAGUUACAAGUUCCAGAUUCGAUCUACCGAAAACGUGCUUCUGUUCGGUGGUAGACUGCUACAACAGUUUGCGGUAGAUGUUUACAUAAAAAUUGAGACGUCACGCUUAGAAUUUUGUGAGAGAAACCAGGCUAAGAUACGGGCCGAUUUGUACCAAGGUCUUGUGGAUUGCGUCAAUGCUGGUGAGGUUCAUGCAAACAGAGUCGGGAAAAGAAUUGUGUUGCCUGCAUCUUUCAUCGGAGGGCCUCGCGACAUGCGACGUCGGUUUCUAGAUGCGAUGACUUUAGUUCAAGACGAGGGCAAGCCUGAUAUAUUCCUUACAAUGACGUGUAAUCCUAAGUGGCCUGAGAUAUGUGAUAAUUUACAUGUUGGUCAAACUGCACAAGAUCGUCCAGACCUUGUUUCAAGAGUGUUCCGGGGUAAAUUAGAAGAUCUUAAGGAACAACUCUUCAAGAAACAUAUCCUUGGGGAAGUUAAGUCAUACGUUUAUGUCAUCGAAUUUCAAAAGCGUGGUUUGCCUCACGCACAUUUUCUCCUUAUCAUGUACCCGCAACACAAGAUCAAUAACGCGGACCAUUAUGAUAAGGUUGUGUGUGCUGAAAUUCCUAACAAACAAAGACAUCCCAAAUUGCAUGAGAUGGUUGUCAAACACAUGAUUCACGGUCCUUGCGGCAAUUUACGAUUAAGCAAUCCUUGUAUGCAGGGUGAUCCUAAAAUUUGUCGUUUUCACUAUCCUAGACAAUUUAAUAAACAGACAACACAAGGAGAAGAUUCGUAUCCGUUGUAUCGAAGGAGAGACACCGGGAUAGAAGUGGAUGUACGAGGAAAAACACUUGAUAAUAGAUGGGUGGUCCCAUAUAAUCCAAGGCUUUUGAUGAUGUUUAACUGCCACAUCAAUGUUGAAGUUUGCUCAAGUAUAAAAUCUGUGAAAUAUCUUUUUAAAUAUGUUUAUAAAGGACAUGACAAACAGGUUAUUCAAGUUGAUCAAAGUGAGCCAGGGGUUGUUGUUAAUGAGAUAAAGAGCUUUCAAGAUGCACGCUACAUAUCGCCCCCAUAG